GUCCAGGCGGCGCGCUGCAUCCUGGGUCUCGGCGUGUGUUUUGCUUGCGGGCGUCGUCAUGAACCCCGAGAGCUUCGCGGCGGGCGAGCGGCGAGUUUCGGCGGCGUACGUGAGGCAGGGCUGCGAGGCUCGGCGUGCGCACGAGCACCUCAUCCAGCUGCUUCUAGAGCAGGGCAAGUGUCCAGAGGAUGGCUGGGAUGACAGCACACUUGAACUCUUUCUGCAUGAGCUUGCAAUCAUGGAUAGCAACAAUUUCUUGGGUAAUUGUGGUGUGGGAGAAAGGGAAGGGAGAGUGGCCUCUGCUUUGGUUGCUCGUCGCCAUUACAGGUUCAUCCAUGGAAUUGGACGAUCCGGUGAUAUUUCUGCAGUGCAGCCAAAAGCUGCAGGCUCUAGCCUCUUGAACAAAAUUACCAAUUCUUUGGUGCUUAAUGUCAUAAAGCUGGCCGGUGUUCAUUCAGUGGCCAGUUGCUUUGUAGUUCCGAUGGCAACCGGCAUGAGUCUAACCUUGUGUUUCUUAACAUUACGACACAAAAGACCAAAGGCCAAGUAUAUCAUAUGGCCACGGAUAGACCAGAAGUCCUGCUUUAAGUCCAUGGUCACUGCAGGUUUCAAACCAGUGGUGAUAGAAAAUGUUUUGGAAGGCGACGAGCUGCGCACUGACCUGAAUGCAGUGGAGGCUAAAGUCCAGGAACUUGGGCCUGAUCGUAUUCUGUGCAUUCAUUCUACUACAUCCUGCUUUGCUCCAAGGGUGCCUGAUAGAUUAGAAGAACUGGCUGUGAUUUGUGCUAAUUAUGACAUUCCGCAUGUAGUCAACAACGCUUAUGGAUUACAGUCUUCCAAGUGCAUGCAUCUCAUUCAGCAGGGGGAUCGGGUUGGUAGAAUCGACGUUUUCGUUCAGAGCUUGGACAAAAAUUUCAUGGUUCCAGUAGGUGGUGCUAUAAUUGCUGGCUUUAAUGAUUCCUUCAUUCAGGAAAUCAGCAAGAUGUAUCCAGGAAGAGCGUCAGCGUCGCCGUCCUUAGACGUCCUUAUCACCUUGUUGUCACUUGGCUGCAAUGGCUACAAGAAGCUGUUAAAGGAAAGAAAGGAAAUGUUUGUAUAUUUGUCCACCCAACUGAAGAAAUUGGCAGAGACCUACGAUGAAAGACUGCUACAGACACCUCACAACCCUAUAUCUUUAGCUAUGACACUUAGGACACUAGAUGGACAUCAUGACAAAGCUGUCACUCAACUUGGCUCAAUGCUUUUUACCAGACAAGUUUCUGGAGCCAGGGCUGUGCCUCUUGGAUCUGUGCAAACUGUGAGUGGCCAUACUUUCCAAGGCUUCAUGUCCCACACAGAUAAUUACCCUUGUGCUUACCUCAAUGCGGCGGCAGCCAUCGGGAUGAAGACACAGGAUGUGGACUUGUUCAUAAAGAGACUUGAGAAGUGCUUAAACACAAUAAGAAAAGAACAACAAAAAGCAAGUGUUGUGUCUGGAGUUGACGAUUGUAACAGAGCCGGAGAUGUGGACGUUGAGGAAAUGGCUUUGAAACUAGAUAGUGUGCUUGGUGACAAGGACCAGCCACCUUCUUCAUGACACAGGUGGUUUUUGUUGUUUUUUUGCUACAGUUCAUACAAGCACUUUAAAGGAUAUAUGUAAAGUUUUUGAAUUGAGAAUUUGUAGAGAAUGUUCCGUCCAGGAAGAGAAUGGUCUGAGGGUAGCCAUUGGUGAUUGCUUUUUUUUUAUCCUUAGAAUACCUCAGUCCUUAUGAUUCUUAACAGGUUAUAACAUGCAGUUGCAGUUAAUGUUUUCUGAUUGUUAUAUUACUUAAGCAACACAAUUCAGAUGAUUCUUACUAAUAUAAACUGUAAAGUUACAUGUAAUUCUCAUUGAAAUACAGAGUGCUUCUUCCUAGCCAUUCUCCAGCAUUCAAAGAUUUCUUUUUUUCUGAUCAUACAGAGUUGAGAAGGAUAUUUCUAGUGCUGCUGAAUCCUAGGUGUUUGUUUAGCUGUCUCUAUGCCAAUAAAGGGAGUCCUUAAGGAAGCAGAGCUAAGACAUAGCUUACUGUAAACUUCAGGGCAGUUGUUCUCACUGGACUGGCUUGAUUAUACACAAGCAACAUGGAAAGACCCCAAGUGGAUGCCAGUGACCUUAACUGGUAGAAGUCAAAGGUUCUGCUCAACAUCUUACCUACUGCCCAACACAUGGUUUCCACAGAAGAAUUCUCCAAAUGUCAGUAGUGCUGUGGGUCAAGGAAGUGAGCCCCUCAGCAAAGUUGCUUUAUGCAGCAGCUUGGUCAUGUGCUGCCUCAUGGCAUUGCUGUUCGUGGUGGGCUGCAGAGAAGUCAGUAGUGAUGGCUCUCUAGGUUGGUUAAGUAUGUGUCAUGAUGUUCACAGAUAGAUGAAAUCAGCUAAUUAUACAUUUUUUUUAGACCAUAGCUCAGUGAAUGUGAUUGCAUAUCAAAAAAAAAAAAAAAAAAGCUCUGUGAAUGUUACCAAUUCUGCAUAGAGGCUCUUGGGUAACAACCAGAAUCAUUAGUUCUAAAUAAGUUGUUAUAAAUCAUUUUAUAUAAUACCUGCUCAUUUUUCCAUUUGGGCAACUGAAAACUAUUCCCCAACUGUCUUGACUUUAAGCAGCCUUUGUGAACUGACUAGUUCACUCAGGGAUUGUGCACAGCCACCAUCAGGACCAGCUAAUAUGCCUGGCUUUGAACAUGUUCUUGCUAAGGAGGUCAGAAUUAUACAGUACAGCAAAUCUAUGUUUUAUAUAUGGGCAGAAAGAGAAUAUAUAAGUUUAUAAUACUCUCUGUGUGUGUGUGUGUGUGUGUGUGUGUGUAUGUGUGUGUCUGAAAUUCCAGGCCCAAUAGCUCUUACAGUGAUUUUUGUUAAUUUAAAACAAACAGAGUGGGGAAUUAGUGAAGCCUCCUGAAAACACCACCAUGCCAAAGUUGUAUUUCUCAGACCUGCUCUGUAGAGUGUCAUUCCACCCAAGACAAGACAUGGGCAAAGUGGUCCAUGGAGAAACAGUAUAGGGAAAUGCCUUUGUAAAUAUGCUUAGUGUAUUAAGUGCUGCAAGAGGAUUCCUUUAGUAAAGGUUGGCCUGCUUUUCCAAAGAGGAGCCAGCUCUCUGAAGUGAAACACUCAUUGCUGUCUCCUCCAUCAGACUCUUCCAACACAAUGGGCCAAAUGCAUUGACCUCUGGAUUCUAUUGCUUGUAUUAGUUGGCACUGAGCUGUGUGUGAAAAGGGGUCUUUCUUGUGUGCUAUCUUAGAGGGUUUAUCAAGGUGAGUUCAGCCAGAUGCUGAGUGUGAAAAUUGGACUGUGUGAGCCACUGAUGCCCGUAGAAGUCAAGGCUGGCUGGCUGGCUGGCUGGAGAUAAAGAACUCAUUUGGAGAUGUCUAGGUGAUUCCUAAGUACAUUCUAUACUCUGUGGACCAGACCAGACACUGACAUGACUCUUAAGUAGCUACAGUGACUCAUUACACGGGAGCAAAUCCUGGAUUGAAAAGGUAUGUGCUCUUUCCUUGGUGGAUUCGGGACUGCACUGUAGACCUGAGGAAGCUACAGAAGCCCAGUCUCCAGGAGCCACGAGGGUCAGAUGCUGCUGCUGCUGCCGGCGGAAAUGCUGGCAGUGCAACUUCCUACGCAUUAGGCCAAAUGGUUUUCUAGAACAACUCAUCUAUGUGGUGUGAUCAUCAGUUUGCUUAAGAAAGGCCAGAGUCCAGAGACUGAGGAUGCUUCCUCAUCUGCCGAGUAUCAGCAGUUCUUGGGCUUCAGCUGCUGAAUGGAUAAUAAUUCUAAUUGAAGAUAAAUGACAUGAGCUCACAUGUGAAUGAUAGAUACGGUAUAACAGUUAUUCCUGGUGCAUAAAAUCUGCUGCAGUUUUGGUUUUUAACCCCUUCCUUUUUAAGUAGUUUUAAAUUCCAGCUCUGUUCCUCCUGACUCCAAGCUUGACCCUAAAGUCACAGAACUCAGUUUUCUAAAAGAAGAAAACAGUUACUUGCCAUCAUGCUUGCCUCCCCCCGAACCCUGUAUAACUUACCUAGUUCCCUCAUAUGCACAUGCCUAUGUUAAAAGACUAUAUCCAAGUGUCUGCUGUGAGGCACUUAGACCGCUUGGGUGCUUCGUGAUCUGCCUUUGUUGCCCUCAGACUGUGCCCCAGCUCCUCUGUGAAUAAGGCCGUAAGGUAGAUUUUGGAGAUUGGCGUUUAGAGUCACUGGGCUGGAGUAGUCUGCAGAGAAGAGAACCGAGUCACAGAAUGAUUGGUCACUAAUGCGGCUUACUCACACUGCAGGGAGAAGUCUCUGCUGAUGUGUUCUCACUGUCGGGAAAGAUGUAAGACAAAUCUCGCGCCCCCCCCCCCCCCAUGUAAACGCAAAGAACCUUUAUUUCAAGCUCCAGAGCUUGGUCCCUCUGUCCCACACAGCAGUGAGAGCAGAGAGCCGUAAGACAAAUCUUAAAUGGUCUUAUAAAUAAAAAACCUGGAGCCAGGUACUGGGUGAAAACUGAGAGAUCAGAGGAAUAGAACAAGCCACAGCCACCAGCUGUUACCUCACAAACUCCAUGAAUCCUCUGACUGAAAUCCUCAGCCUCAAAGAGAGCCAUUUCCUGUAUACGCACACCGAUAUACCUUUCUGUGCCCUGCCAUCUUACUUCCUCUCUCCGCCCAGCUACAUCAUUUCCUCUUUCUGUCCAUCUCUAUCACUUCCUGUCUGUCUGUACAGACCUACAGACCUCCAUGGUUAACUAGUGCUGGGAUUAAAGGCAUAUGCCACCAUGCCUGGCUGUGUUCCCACUGUGGCCUUGAACUCACAGAGAUCUGAAUGAAUCUCUGCCUCCCGAAUGCUAGAAUUAAAGGCAUGUGCUACCAUUGCCUGACCUCUAUGUUUAAUAUAGUGGCUGGCUUUUUCCUUUGAUCCCCAGAUAAGCUUUUUGGGGUGCACUGAUGAGAUUGACCUUAUAUUGAGUUGAAAAACACUUGAUUGGCCUUAUGUUGAGUUUUAUAUGUGUAGAAGUUGGUUAAUUUCAUAAUCUCUGAAUAAUUUGGAAAGAGCCAAUAAGACAUGUUAGUAACAGAAGUGUGUGUGUGUGUGUGUGUGUGUGUGUGUGUGUGUGUGUGUGUGUGUGUGUGUGAUCCAGACAGGUGUCUGUCUGUUGGUUCUGCUCUUUGGACAGCCUUAGUCCACAGGUCUGACUUGCUGCCUCCUUUAGUAAAUUGCCUUACAUUUUACUUUCAUUUGGCCUCAUGGUCUAUGUGAUAAGAUAAUGAUUUUACAGCUAAUGAAUAUGUCUUUGUAAUUUAUCUGCUAAUAUUCUGCAGUUCAAGCUAAGGCCUUGGACAAAGCCAGACUGUUUAUACCACCUAAGUGAUGCCACCAAGAGCUUUUGGAGAAAGGUGAAAGAAGGUUGAGUUAACUGUGUAACUGAGGGGGUUGGGCCUGGAUUGGAGCUAUGAGACUGUGGUGCGGACCUGUGUAUUACCAAAAGGGAGAAACACUUCCACAAAUAUUUUUGGUAUAGACUGUUUAAAAAUGAAAAUAAAUUGUAUAAUUUAUUACAUGAAAUAAAUUUUUAAUAAAUCACUGA